AUGAGCACCGUGGCGGGACGGGAGGAGCUGGAGGAGAAGCCCAAAGUCAAGAUGUUGUCUCCGGGGUUUGGGAUCGAUAAGACCCGCCUGCACGGCUCCGGGUUCCGGUCCAAAGGCUUCGCCAUCACCGACCUUCUGGGCCUGGAGUCGGACCUCCAGGCGCGGCAUCAGCCCAGCGGGCCGCCGACCUCGGGCCUGUCCGUGGGGGGCUCGGCCCCCGGGGUGGAGCCGCACGGAGUCGGCGGCGGCCUCGGCGGAUUCUCGUUCCCGGGGGGGUCGCUGCCGCUCGGGUUGGGGUUCCUGUGCAGCCUGGCGGCCCAGCAGCCCCCCGGAGGGCCCUGCUUCCUGCCGGGACACCUGCCGCUGCUGCAGGCCCGGGCAGACAGCCACUACCUGCAGAACCUGGAGGCCCAGAGGGACGCCUACUCCGAUGAAGAGUGUCUCUCCGACCGCAACGACUCGAAAGGCUCCGCGAGCUCUCAGAAGAGGAAGAAGAGGCGACACAGGACGGUGUUCACGUCUCACCAGCUGGAGGAGCUGGAGAAAGCCUUCCAUGAAGCUCACUACCCCGACGUCUACGCCCGAGAGAUGCUGGCGAUGAAGACGGAGCUACCCGAGGACCGAAUACAGGUCUGGUUCCAGAACCGCAGGGCGAAGUGGAGGAAGAGAGAGAAGUGCUGGGGCCGCAGCAGCGUGAUGGCGGAGUACGGUCUGUACGGGGCGAUGGUUCGUCACUCCAUCCCGCUGCCCGAGUCCAUCCUCAACUCGGCCAAGAACGGCAUGAUGGGCUCCUGCGCCCCCUGGCUGCUCGGUGAGCCGCAUACACGAAUGCACAAGAAGUCCCAGGAGAUCUCCAGAAAGAGUCCCGGUCCUCGGGAGUCGGACUCGACGCGCUCCGACUCGUUCUGCGCCUCCUCAGAGCGACGCAGCGGCGUUCGGGAGGCGCACCACGAGGAGGAGCAGGAGGAGCUGCUGGUGAUGGAGGAGGAGGAGGACCCGGAGGAGGAGGUGGCCAUCGACCUGUCCAGCUCCGGAAGGCCCGCCUCCUCUCCGCGGCGACAGAGCGGCAGCGAAUCAGAAGAACGCAGCUGAAGGUCGGACUAGGGGGGCGUGGCAACUGAUGAUAGCGGGAGAACAGAGAGCUCUGAUUGGCUGAGAGGAGCCAAUGAGAGAACAGCUGGUUACAUAAAUUAUAUAUAUAUAUUCUAAAUGCUUUUCUGGGUUAGCAUCUAAAAUAUGAUCAUAAAUAAUUCUGCAAACAAACAUUAAGCGGUCAUUACCAUGACAACGCUGCCGACUCACAUCGACCCCAAGCCACCGGACCGAGUCGGCCUUUGACCUUUUCCAGGAGGGUGUCCCUGUCUGUGUGUUUAUUAUUGUAUUGUACCGAGAGUUUUAUAUCCGUGUUUUUGGAAAAUAAGAGGCUAUUUAAUGUUUUAUUCCUGUUGUGUUUUGUGUUUGACUGUCUGUUAAACACUGACUGAAGCUCUGUGAAUGAAUGUAAUUUAAAUGUCAUAUUAUUAUUAUUGUCAAUAUUAUCAUUAACAUGUAUGUACAGCAGCCGAUUGGUGAAUAAAAAACAAAGUAUUUUUUGAA